AAAUCGCCUCUGGUGUUCUGCUGUCGCCAACUCUCCUCCUCAGCACAUUUCAGCAUCAGUGGUGGGCUACUGCAGAAGCUGACUAAGAUGCCGGGUGUUACGGUGAAAGACGUGAACCAGCAGGACUUUGUGAGGGCGCUCUCUGCUUUCCUCAAAAAGUCUGGGAAGCUGAAAGUCCCUGAAUGGGUGGACACGGUGAAGCUGGCCAAACAUAAAGAGCUCGCGCCCUGCGAUGGUAACUGGUUCUACACACGAGCAGCGUCCACAGCGCGACACCUGUACCUCCGUGGCGGCGUGGGAGUGGGUGCCAUGAUCAAAAUCUACGGCGGGCGGUGCAGGAACGGGGUGUGCCCCUCCCACUUCAGCGUGGGCUCCAGGAACGUGGCGCGCAAAGUGCUGCAGGCCCUCGAGGGCCUCAAGAUGGUGGAGAAGGACCCCAACGGAGGACGGAGGCUCACUCCACAGGGCCAAAGAGACUUGGACAGAAUCGCUGGGCAGGUUGCAGCUGCAAGCAAGAAACAGUGAUGUGCGUCCCAAACGAGGAUCAUCAUGGAACUAAAUCUUCUCCGACCACAACCUCCUCCUCCUCCUCAGAUGUGCAUGUUGUGUGAGGUUGUGUAAAACUGGUAUGGAAUUCCACGCUGUUGAAAACCCAGUCACUUAUUGGCAGAGGGGGACAGACGGGGAUGAGAAAGCAAAAGGCCCACCGUGUAAAAGAGCUGGAAAAUGUAUUCUUUCUGCCUGUUCCUAUCGGCACCAAGUCAUUUAGGUAGUUAUCAUUUCUAGAUUCAAAUUCAAAGAUUUUAUUGUCAUUGACCAAGAGAAAGGAAGUCAACAAACAUCCAUCAGGAAGAGUGAAUUGACUGGAUAAAAGAUGUGUCCAGUAUCUAGGUGAAUUGUUUGCUGUGCUAUGUGGCCAGUCUUUUACACUCUGAAGACAAUAUGUCCGCUCUUGCUCAGGGGAAAAUACAGUAUUGUAGCCAAAGGUAUCCCAGAGGAAUAUGAUUAUGUAUUGAGACUAAUUAAGUAAUAAUUGCCUGCUCAACCUCGACCAACCUUACUUAAUGAAUGCCUUCUAUCAGAGGUGGAAAACUGGAUUGACAGUGCAAAAGUCCUGCUUACUGUAGAUGUUCCUUCUGUGUGGUCAUCACAGGUGAUUUCACUAAUUAGCUCACCCACCUGACUGAAGGGGUGUGGUAAUGUGGUCAUUCAUCUGGUUCAUUGAAUAAGCAGGAACAAAAAUGUGGCAGGGUUUUUACUUUCUUUUUUCACAGUUUAUUCCACAUCUGCCGACUAUCAAUUUAAUGUCAUGAUCUUGUCAUGAAAGGCAGUACCAUAAAGAUGCAAGAGUAUUAUACGGUAAAAAAAAAAAGUUAUGCAAUAGAGGGAGAAAUGUGGUUAAAAGUGGUUAAAAGAAUCUCUGUCUCAAUGGCUA